AUGCUAACGAAAUAUUCGACGAGGCUCACUGCUUCGGCACUAGCAAGUGCGAGGACCUCCCCAUUGAUUACUCUGACGUCCAGAAGACUGUUCACCUCCGGCAACUCACCGGGCAACCUCACGUUCUUCCAGAAAGAUGCUCUACCAGCCAACACGGUUAUCCGGUUCGUUCCCCAGCAGACUGCGUGGAUCGUGGAACGUAUGGGUAAAUUCCACAGAAUAUUAGAACCAGGUCUGGCUAUUUUGAUACCUUUUUUGGACAAAAUUCAAUACGUUCAGUCGUUGAAAGAGUCUGCAAUUGAGGUUCCUUCUCAGAGUGCUAUCACGUCCGACAACGUCACGCUCGAAAUGGAUGGUGUCUUGUAUAUCAAGGUCAUAGAUGCCUACAAAGCUUCAUAUGGAGUGGAAGAUGCAGAGUAUGCAAUCUCGCAAUUGGCCCAAACUUCAAUGAGAUCCGAGAUUGGUCAAUUGACUCUGGAUCAUGUUCUCAGAGAGAGACAAUCUCUGAAUACGAACAUCACUGCCGUUUUGAACGAGGCUGCUAAGGAUUGGGGAUUGCAAUGUUUGAGAUACGAGAUCAGAGAUAUUCACCCUCCAGCAAAUGUCCUCGAGGCAAUGCAUAGACAGGUGAGUGCAGAGAGAAGCAAGCGUGCUGAGAUCCUGGAUUCCGAGGGUCACAGACAAUCUGCCAUCAACAUCGCCGAGGGUCAGAAGGAGUCGCAAAUUCUGGCCUCUGAAGGUGAGAGAACACAGCAGAUAAACAGCGCUACAGGUGAGAGCGAAGCGAUUUUGUUGAAAGCCAAGGCUACUGCCGAGGGUAUCAGACAACUUGCCGAUGCCAUCCAGAACACUCCAGGUGGAAAAGAUGCUGUUUCUCUUCAGAUUGCCGAGAAAUACGUUGAGGCCUUCUCCAAGCUCGCCAAGGAGUCCAACACCAUUGUUCUUCCUUCUGAACUGGGCAACAUCUCGUCUUGGAUGGCUAGUGGUUUGAGCAUCUAUGACAAAUUGUCUAAUUCUCACAACCCAGAGGCAUUGGCCACGAAGGUGCUGAAGGAAUAA